AUGGCGGCGUGGCUGGGCCGGAUGUCUCUGGGCGACGCCUGGUUCAACAUGUAUUCUCGCCUCCUGCGAACCAAACCCGUGGGCUCCAUGGCUCACAGCUCCGACGACCUCACCGAGCUUGCGGAGGGGUCGCCGGUUGGGCUCGCCAAGGUCCUAACCACCGUGGACCUGGUGUCGCUCGGAGUGGGCAGCUGCGUCGGCACGGGGAUGUACGUGGUCGCUGGACUGGUUGCCAAGGCGAUGGCUGGGCCUGGGGUCAUCCUGUCAUUCGUUAUUGCAGCGGUGGCGUCCAUACUGUCAGGCGUGUGCUACGCAGAGUUUGGUGUCCGGGUCCCCAAGACGACCGGCUCGGCCUACACCUACAGCUACGUGACAGUGGGGGAGUUUGUGGCAUUCUUCAUUGGCUGGAACCUGAUCCUGGAGUAUCUGAUUGGCACAGCGGCAGGGGCGUCAGCUCUCAGCAGCAUGUUCGACUCACUGGCCAAUCACAGCAUCAGUAACUACAUGAUAACACACCUGGGCACACUCAGAGGACUCGGUAAGGGUGAGGACACCUACCCGGACCUGCUGGCCCUGUUUAUCGCCCUGCUGGUCACCGUCAUCAUCGCUCUCGGUGUGCGUAACUCAGUGGGCUUCAACAACGUCCUCAACGUGGUCAACCUGGUGGUCUGGGUCUUCAUGAUCAUCGCCGGACUCUUCUUCCUCUCCGCCAGCAACUGGGAGAGCGGCAACUUCCUGCCCUACGGCUGGUCCGGGGUGAUGCAAGGUGCAGCGACUUGCUUCUACGCCUUCAUCGGCUUCGAUAUCAUCGCAACGACGGGAGAAGAGGCGAAAAACCCAAACACCUCCAUCCCGUACGCCAUCACUGCCUCGCUGGUCACCUGCCUCACUGCCUACGUGUCGGUGAGCGUGAUCCUGACUCUUAUGGUUCCCUACAACCUGAUCGACGGCUCGGCUCCUCUCAUGGAGAUGUUCGCAGUGCACGGCUUCCUGUGGGGGAAAUACACCGUGGCUGUGGGCUCCAUAGCCGGACUCACGGUGUCUCUGCUUGGCUCUUUGUUCCCCAUGCCCAGAGUCAUCUACGCCAUGUCCCGGGACGGACUGCUGUUCAGGUUCUUGUCACAUGUUUCUGCGCUCACGCACACUCCCGCGGCGGCGUGUGUGGUGUCGGGGAGCUUCGCAGCCGUCCUUGCCCUGCUGGUGAGCCUCAGAGACCUGAUCGAGAUGAUGUCCAUCGGCACCCUGCUGGCCUACACUCUGGUCAGCGUGUGCGUGCUCUUACUGCGCUACCAGCCCGACGAACAGACCGACACGCACCAGUUUAACGCCGGGGAGGACGUGGACGGGUUGAAGCACCAGGACGACAGGGCUGUCCACACCAAAGACGACCAGAUGCUGAUUGAAGGCUCAGACGGCGAUGGCUCGUCGUCCUACCACGCCGGUGGGGCUGAAGGAGAGGGCGAUGACUCUGAUUUCCACACAGGCCAUGCCUCGCUGCUGAAAAGGCUUCUGGGAGGUCAUUACUACACCCUGCGGCUGAGGCUGGGAAUGCCAGACGCGUCGGCCCGGCCCACCCCGGCCACUGGACGCAUUGUGACCCGAUGCACCCUCCUCCUCUUCCUCAUGUCCUUCCUCCUCUGGUCCACUGUCAUAUUUGGCGUUGAGCAGGGAACAGGUGCCGGGGCCGUGUUUUCAGGCCUCAUGGCCACACUGAUGGCGGGGUCCAUGGCGAAGCUUUUAAUUCUGAUUAUCCAGCAGCCAGAGAGUGGGCGGAGACUGCCCUACAUGGCGCCCUGUGUGCCCUUUGUCCCUGCGGCGGCCAUAUUGGUCAACAGCUACCUCAUGCUUAAACUGUCUCCUCUCACCUGGGCCAGGUUCACUGUCUGGUGCUUCAUAGGUUUGUUGAUCUACGGUUGUUACGGAGUGUGGCACAGCACGCUGGAGCUGAACGCCCGGGAGCAGCAGGCACACGCCAGCUCCUACCAGAGCUACUACGACCACCUCGAUGACACCUUCGCCCCCGAUGACAACCUUUACCCCCAGGAGCAGGACGAGAGACCCUACCAGGGCUGGUCUGCCCUGGAGGAGAGGGGAUAUCACUCCCAGCAGCACAGCGAGUACCAACAGGAGAACCAGAAUGACGACCAGCAGCAUCACAGGCAGUAUGAGGAUGAUGGUGACCAGCAUGGAUACCAGUCCGGGCCAGGAGGCCAGUAUAGUAGGAGAGGCAGCAGGUCCAGGGGACAGACCAAUCAUGGCUUUGAUGCGGGCGAAGGGGAGGACUGA